CUCCAUUCUAAUUUUUCUCUUUUUGCUUCAUUUUCUUGGUUUUUUUAUAUCUUUGGUUCACUAAAUAAUACACAAUUAUUUAUUCUAUAUCAAUUAUCAAUCCAUCUUUUGUUUCCCAUUCCUCCACUCCAUAUUAAUACUCACUACCUUUAUAUUCAACAAUGGCAAGAUCGAAACGUGCUAGACUUGUAACCUUAUCAAAAACUGAUAAAAAGGGUCGUCAAAACAAAAACAGAAUCUUCGAUCUCAUCAGAUCAAACAUCGAUUCCUACAACUACCUCUGGCUACUCGACUUGAGAAACAUCAGAACUCCAACCCUACAAUCAAUAAGAGCUGACUGGAAGGGUUCCAAAAUUGUUCUAGCAAAAACUGCUGUUAUGCGUGAAUCUCUAGGUAAACUUCCCUCCAACGAAUACGCUCCAAAUCUAUCGCUUCUAUCCAAAAGAAUCACUGGCUCCUCCACCCUCCUCUUCACAAACGAACAACCUCAAGUAGUAAAGGACUAUUUCACUGCCUUUGUCACAAAGGAUUUCGCUAGAGCAAACUCAAUAUCCCCAAUAUCCUUCACCAUCCCCGAGGGAAUCAUCUACUCCACAGCCGGUCAGAUAUCCGUUGAAGAAGACGUUCCAAUCUCCCACUCCUUAGAACCAACCUUCAGAAACAAAUUCAACAUUCCCACUAGAAUAAAAAACGGAAAGGUCGUUCUAGAUUCUCCCUUCAAUGUCUGCCAAAAGGGCGACAAACUAUCCAUCGUUCAAUCUCUUAUUUUAAAACAAUUUGGUAUCGCAUGUGCUGAAUUUAAAGUAAAAAUCGACUCCUAUUACGACAAAAAACUAGAAUCUGUAAUUCUUUUAACAACAUCAGAAAAUGAUCAUCAAAUGGCCUAAUUUCUCUUUAUUCCCUUUUAUAUCUAUCUUAAUUAACAUUUAAAUCUCCACUUCAAAACUUUUUAUCGUAGUAUAUAAAGCCCUGAUUUGUAAAGCCCUGCUUAAUAAAGCCCUAUUCUACUUUAUAACAUCAACUCAAAAUUUUAAAUUGAAAUCUUUUCUCAAAUUACUUUUUAAUUACCAUUGCAAUUAUUACUACAAUAUUAUUCAUAAAAUGGUAUGUAAUUCCUC